GAUAUCUCAUUUACUUGCCGCCCUCAGCUUCGCUUGGAGCCAAAUCUAGCACGUCUCUGUCAUCGUAAGCUCACGGAUCAGUUCUGGCUCUGUUAGGUCAAUGAUCGGAAGUACGGGUAGCCGGAACGUUGGCGGCAGCGCCGCUAGCGAAAAUGAGCCGCCUAACUUCCAGUCGUCUUCCGUUACAAUCACAACUCCGAUGGCUUCGGAUCCCAGAAUUCCUCUUCUCAACCUCUCGCUCCUGGGCCAGAAAAUGGAUUGCCUCCGCCGCUCUCUCUCCGAUUCCGUCGAUCGCCACGUUUCCAUCAGCGGUGACCAGCUCCAGUUGUUCUCCGGCGAGAUAGCCUCAGCCGUUCACCAGGUCAUCAUUAAUGGUUCCGCCCUCCUCCUCGCUUCUACCCAACUUUUAGAUGCUACCAAACCCUUACAUCCACUGUCUAACAUUGACGCGAAGCCAUCAGUUAAUUCUGGUCAAGUUCCUCCUCGGCCUCUUCCGGAAGCGGUGGUGGCCGACGCUGACGCCGAAAUCGUGGAGAUCGAUGCGUCGGAGCUAAUGGCAGAGCACGUUCACUUUUGUGAGAUCUGCGGCAAGGGCUUCCGGCGCGAUGCCAACCUCCGAAUGCACAUGCGCGCUCACGGAGACCGCUUCAAAACCCUAGAGUCUUUAACCAAGCCAUAUGGCCGGAUUGCCACUGAGGGGAUUGAUACGGGAAGACAUGUACGGUUCUCGUGCCCGUUUCUUAGCUGUCGUAGGAACCGUAAUCACGCACGUUUCCGGCCGCUAAAGACAACAGUAUGCGUUCGGAAUCACUUUCGUCGGAGCCACUGCCCGAAGAUGUACACAUGCGAUGUGUGCAACAAGAAGAGCUUUUCGGUCGUGGCGGAUUUGAAAAACCAUAAGAAGAGCUGCGGGGAGUCACAAUGGCGGUGCUCAUGCGGCACAAGCUUUUCUAGGAAAGAUAAGCUGUUUGGUCAUGUUGCCCUGUUUGAUGGCCACUUUCCUGUAGUGGGGACUGGGGAGGAAGAGAGGGGAGAUGGGGCGGUCAAAGCCGGUGAAAUAAAAGAUAAGAGAGGAGGACAAGCUGGCGGAAGUUUAGAUGAAGGAUUCUUUGAUGGGCUGAUGGAGGAGAUUGGGGGGAUGGGUGGGGGGUGGAUGGGGCUUUAGCCUCUAUGGCUUAGCGAUUUCGGCCUUCCUACCUAUAGUGGCACCCAGGUGCGCUACCCAUCGUUUUUCUCAUUAGUUCAUGCAUCGAAUUAUGGGCUGUUAUGAGUGCAGAUGAACAUUAAUGGCGGAAAAGAUUUCAUAAAACUGAUCUCAAAUACUUAGAUAAGACUAGUUAUGAUGAUGAUGUUACCAAUAUGAAGGCAGAUUAUAUCAUAUUGGAAUAUGUUGUGAAUGUUUAUGAUGCCUCGUGAAGCCUUGUAUAGUUUUGAUUAUUUUUAUCAUGGUUUUGCGUAUUGUACCACGGGAAUGUUGUGCGCUAUUUUCUGUUGCAAACUAAGCAAAGGGAAUUAAUAAUCUGGUGUUCUUUUAUUAUAGCAUGUGUGUUUGUAAAUUCAUUGAUUUGGAAACUUUUUAAUUGUAUAAACUGAGGGAAUUGCUUGUUUGAGAUGUGAUUCACUUGGGAUUGUCA